ACAAAUUCUCUGAUAAUCUUACAGGAAGCCGUGUGGAAGGAAGACCCCUAAAGUCUUCCUCUUCAAAACCCUCCACUUCUCAAAACCUAACCGGUAACCACCUCUACAAUGGGCGUAGGCGACACUAUCCUCGCCGUUCAUCCACCGCCACCAACGGAUUCUAAUCAUUCCAUAGAUGAUUUCGAUUCCCUCCCAAUCCCUCCCCUCGAUCCCUUGUUCCUCUCUGCGCAAAAUUCCUCAUCCACCACCAUGUCUGGAGGGGAAAACCUUGUCUCCGAUUUACCCUUUUCCCUUGACGAUAGUUACGAUUUUGACAUCACCUUCCACGAUCUCGACAGCUUCUACUUUCCCUCCGAGAACGAGCACUUCUCUAUCCCCAACCACGACGUUUCUCUUCAAUCGGGUCCUAUCGAUGGUUUUGUUGAUGGUUUCACAGUCCAUGAGGCGAAAUCUGAUUGGCUUGAGUCGGGGAGCUCUGGAAUUUGUGGCAAUCAUGGUUCUGAUGUUUCUAAGUAUUUGAAUUGCUCGCUCUCGGAGUCUAGAAGUUGUAAUUCGGCCGAUCUAAGCUGCAAUUCUGAUAGGGGGUCGAAUUUUGCCUCGCCGAUAUCUUCUCAGGGCUCCGGAAAUGGUGGUGCGGGUGUAUCUGAAGCCAUGAAUGCUCCUUCUCCUGAUUCCGGUGCAUUUUUGGUUGAUCAGAAGAUCAAACUCGAAGGAGUAAAUGCCAAAAGUGGUGGCUUACCAAAGAGAAAGAAAGAGACCACUAGCGAGGAUGUUAAUGGCGAAACAAGAAAUCUAAAGUACCUAAGGUCAGAGAAUGCCGACCCAUAUUUGAAGGCAAAUUCUCUGUGUGGUAAUUUUGUUGAAUUGAGUGAAGAGGAGGAGAAAAGGAGGGCAAGGCUGAUGAGAAAUCGAGAGAGCGCGCAGCUUUCAAGGCAGAGAAAGAAGCAUUACGUGGAGGAGCUGGAAGACAAGGUGAGAACUAUGCAUUUAACCAUUGCGGAAUUAAAUAGUAAAAUUUCAUUUUUUAUGGCUGAAAAUACUAGUUUGAAGCAGCAGUUGAGUGGCAAUGGUUUGUGUCCUUCUCCUUUGUAUCCACCAAUGGCUCCCAUGCCAUAUUCGUGGGUGCCGUGUGCCCCUUAUGUUGUUAAGCCGCCAGGGUCUCAGGUGCACUUGGUUCCAAUCCCUAGAUUGAAGACUCAGCAGCCUGUGUCAGCUGUGAAAGCUAAAAAGGCAGAGGCUAAGAAAGCUGAAGUUAAGACUAAGAAGGUUGCUAGUGUUAGUUUUUUAGGUUUGUUAUUUUUCAUUUUGUUGUUUGGUGGAUUGGUGCCAAUUGUGAAUGUUAAGUUUGGAGGAGUCAAGGAGAAUGGUGCUAAUGGGUUCGGUUUUGUUAGUGAGAAGUUUUAUGAUCAGCAGAGAGGCAGGGUCUUUGGAGCUCACGGGCAUUCAAAUGAGUCCCAUGAGAGUAUGGCUGUUGAGUUUUCUAAUGGGAAUUUACAUGUUGGUAGUAGAAUACAGUGUGGGAGAGGCAGUGAUGGAUGUUUGGCGUAUGAUGUGGAGAUGAAAGGAGGCUUGGAGCAUCUACCAGACUCAGACAAAUUUACCCAACUUGCUAAUGCUAGUAAUAAGCCGCUUGCAGCAUCUUUGUUUGUGCCAAGGAAUGAUGAGCUUGUCAAGAUUGAUGGUAACUUGAUAAUUCAUUCUGUUCUGGCCAGUGAGGCAGCUAUGGCCUCACAUGAGGAUCCUGAAGUAAAUAAAAAUAAGGAGACGGGUUUGGCAAUCCCAAUAGACUUAUUUCCAGCCCUUGCCUUCCCUGAUGUUGGAACCAAUAGAGGGAGGCAUUCUCACUUAUAUCCGACUGCUAAAGAGCCACAGAAGGCCCUUACUUCUGCUUCUUCUGAUACUCCAAAGGAUAAAAAGUCAUCUGCAGCUGAUGGUAAACUCCAACAGUGGUUCCAUGAAGGCCUUGCUGGGCCAAUGUUAAGUUCUGGCAUGUGCAAGGAAGUGUUCCAGUUUGAUGCCUCACCAUCUCCAGGAGCUAUUAUUCCCGCUUCCCCAGUUACAAAUAUUACGGCAAAGCACCAGCAGAAUGCUACACACCACAACAAGGGGAAAAACAGAAGGAUUCUCCGAGGUCUUCCAAUUCCCCUACCAGGUUCUGACCUGAAUAUUACUGGGGAACGUGUUGGAAAUUCUCAAAAAGACAACUUCCAAGGUAAUAAAUCUGUCUCGCCCAUGGUUGUCUCUGUGCUUGUUGAUCCCAGAGAGGCUGGCGACAGCGAGGUUGAUGGCGUGAUUACACCCAAAUCCAUUUCUCGGAUUUUUGUAGUUGUGCUCUUAGACAGUGUGAAGUAUGUUACUUAUUCAUGUGUGCUUCCACGCUCUGGUCCUCAUUUAGUGACAACCUGAGAGGAACGGAAACAGUUGGAGUCACGGAUUGAAAAACCCAACCCAAAUUUAGCUCCCAGUUUUGUAUAUAUAACAGAGUAAUAAGUAGCUCUAAUAACAAUGUUAACCUCCUAAUGUACUUCCAACUUUCCUUGCCAUCAGAAUGUUAACCUGUCGAGAGUCGUACUGUUAUUAUAAUAUCUUUAAAAUUGUAAUGUUUCUAAAAUAUGGCUUGGAUUCGGAA